AUUGUUGUGAUAAACUUAUUAAAUAGAGCAAAAAUACAUGAACCAGUCUAAACGGAUAGCGAGUGGAUUAGGCAGAGGAGGUGGUCAUCAGGAUCAUUCUUCAGAUUUGGGCAACGGCUUCUCAAACAUGUCAAUCAGCAAUGGAAAUGCGCAUUUUUCGAAUGGCCAUUCUCACCUUUCCCAGCACCCCCAACCUCAAAUGCAACAGCAGACGUCACUGUCUUCUGCCAAUCAGCACUUGAGUGAAUUCCAGAUGCUCAUGGACAACAAUAGGCCAGCUGUGUUGCAGCCAGUCAGCACCGGCAACGUCCAUCACGAUUCGCUAAUAAACGAAUUCAAGAACCUAGUCUUAGAACUCAGUAAAAACCCGACUGCGUUUGACGAACGCGUGCCCUUUCUCAUAGAAAGUCUCAACUUCACAAACACCGUACCAACAGAAGUUAUCAAAGAAAUAGUCGCUACUUUGGUGAAAUGGGCAAUAGAAAGUGAAAGUUUUCGGUACACUGGAUCGAAACUGGCAAACUACCUCGCUCUUCCUGGACAGCUAACCUUCGAUUUCCUUAAAGUAUUUCUCGAUAGUGUGACGACUGAGUGCUACGACAGACUGGACGACCUGAUCAGCUGUACGACAGCCAACGACUACCAAGUGCUGGAGGGCAUCAUGCUGUUCAUGAGUGAGUUGUACUUGAACAUGGGCAUCGUCACCCUAGACAGCACAGGCCAACAUGUGCAGUCAAUAUCACGCAUCGAGUUCCUCAAAGACACUUUGAAGCGUGCAAUUCUCAAGAUACUGGAGAAGGCAGACUCAGACAAGCCCCUCAACACUGUCGGAAAAGUGCUCAAGUUGACGGGGGCUGCACUAGAAGAGCAGAAACAGACGAAGCCGGACAAAGAGCUCACCGACUUAAUCUUCGUCCACGUGGACGCCAUAUCAAAGCAAGACUAUUGCCACAGCAAUGUGAAGUCCCUGUUCCAACGAGUGCUGUUGCUGCGACAGAACCACUGGCAAUCACCCGAAAGCAAUACUGGUACUGGCACAAACUUCGCAAAUGUAUCUUCCUCGGAAAACUUCAACGAUUAUGAUGUGCCUAUUUUCUUCCUGAGCGACGGGACUGCAAUUCCAGCCCACGAGGCCGCCGACUCCGCACCUGCAUCGGACUUUGUGGAGAAUGACCUGAGAGCUUCUGACAGGUUCAUGUACUUGCACGGGGAGGGAGAUGUGGCAGACAGUCAGACCAGCAACAACCAACACAACAACCCCCUAGCGCAGCUGAUGUCGCACACGUUGUCUGCGGAAGAGGAGGAGGCAUUCAACAUGUUCCUGUCCCAGAUGUCAUGAGAGGGGUGGGGUGACAGCAGGAAACAGCAGCACAGGACCAUGUCAUGUCAUCCUUCUUCUCAACACUAUCAACCUCAACACACCCACCCACAUCACAAGCAGAAACAGAAACAGAAACUACCCCGCAGUCCAAUUCAGUCCAACUAAUGACCACAGCCUCUGUAACUUAAGCAUACACCCAAGUGGAGUGGACGAUCAAGAGUGUAGCAAAACGAAAGUGAAAAACGAGUUCUUCUAAACUAGUUGCUCACAUUUGACACGAAAAAUAAUUUUGAAACAAAUCCAAAUUACUUCAUAACAGUAGUUCAGUGUUAUUUAACUAAUCAUUUCAGAUGAAAAGAGAACAAAAUAUUGAAAAAUAGCAAAUUAUUUACAAAAA